AUGACUUUUGAAGAGUUACAUAAAGAGGACUGGUAUCGUAUUUUGAAUGCAGAGCCAUCAGAUAGCCUGACAGAAUUGAAAAGGAAAUAUCAAAAGCUGGUGUUGUUGUAUCAUCCAGACAAACAGAGCACAGAUGUGCCAGCAGGAGAAGUGGAGGCGCGCAUGCAGAGGUUCAUCGAAAUUGAUCGAGCGUGGAAAAUUCUAGGGAAUGAAGAGACAAAAAAAGAGUAUGACCUGCAGCGGCAUGAACAUGAAUUAACGCAAAUGUUUCCAGUGGAUGCUCAAGUUUCCCUCCAAGAUAUGACCUGGAAUUGCAAUGAUCAGUCUUAUUCUGUCAUCUGUCGAUGUGGUGGAAAUUACACUAUCUCCAAAACAGAAGCUGAAGAUGUUUCUCUAGUAUGCUGUGACACUUGUUCGCUAGUUAUAGAGAUCCUUCGAUGAUCCAACAAUAUUUGAUUCAAGCGUGUGAAAAAGCCAAAGGAAGCAUCUGCUUGGACAGAUAAUAAAAAUGAAAGUGUCAGUAAAAACAUG